UCAUGAAUUCCUAACAUUGUUCCUCAAUGAGGUCAAAAGGCUCACACCUCACCUGGAGAGGAACGCAGCUCUCCUGGGCCAAAGUUAUACCUGCCCAGUAGAAGACCAUCACAUUUUUAAAAUGGAAAACACGAGGACAUGCAAGAGCUGCAGUCACCAAUCAUCACAGCAAGAGGAAUUCACCAGCUUGUCUCUUGACCUGGUUCCAGAGGGGUCUGUUAUAAACAUGUUGGAGACAUACUUAAAGGAACAAGAAAUAGAAUUUCGCUGUGAUUGUGGAGGGACGACCUCAGAACUGAAGUCGUCUUUUGAUACACUGCCAAGAGUUCUCAUCUUGCAUCUGAAGAGGUUUGGCUUUACACAAACCUACAAGAUUCAGAAGGUUGAUGACCCCGUCAGGCUGCAGAGGGACUUGGUGGUGCCAUCCAAUCAGGGUGGUGGCUGUUACAGUCUCGCCAGCAUCAUUAGCCAUUAUGGAGGCACAGAGUCAGGACACUACAUCUGUAAUUCUGUCCAUCCUGAGGUGAGUCAGCACUCUACAUCAGAUCGCUGGCUCACCUAUAAUGACGCACAGGUGCUCCACACAACUGGAUCUGCAGCUUGUGAGGAACAGCAGCACUCGGCCUACAUCCUGUUUUACAAGAGAAACUUCUGAAACAGGAAAUGGAAGGAAGGAAGUUAAGGUCACCAUCAUGCUGAGAAGGAACAACAGUUGUCCCAGCCCACCAUCGCACACUGGAGGACAAGUAUUAGUAAGUAUUGCCCUCAGGAGGAAGGGUCCUACCAGAGAGCCUGGUUCCUCCCAAGAUUUCUUCCUCCAGGAGGGAGUUUUUUCUUGCCACCGUCGCCCCACAUUCACUGGUCUCAUCAGCAGGGACAUUUUUAACCUCCUAAGACCUGAACUCUUUCAUGGCAUGCAUUUUUAAUUUCUCUGUGCCAUUUGGGUUGAUUGG